AAGGGGAGAGAAGACUUUGCCAUUUUCCAAGAUGGCGGCUGCUUAGCUUCAUCCCGCCGAGGAAAACAGCGCCAGCGGCCCCGCCCUUUACCAGUUCCCGCAAUGGCGGCCAUGAGCGUGAUUCUCCGGGCAGCGGCUGCCUGGGGUGCCCGGAGGGCGGCGAGCGGCGCAGCGGGGGGCGCUCACCUGCCCUGGCUCGGCGGAGCCUCCCGCCUCCCCGGCGCUGUCGUCACCAAAGGGAGAAAAACACAUAAUACUUUGGUUCAAUUUUCAGCUCCUGUACGACAUAGCAGCAGCCAUGGGAAAAGAAUGUUCAUUAUCAAGGCAACAAAAUUUUAUGAUACUCGAUUUCUGAACUUGUUGCGAUUCUAUGUACUUCUGACGGGAAUACCAGUGGCAAUAUUUAUAACAUAUGUCAACAUCUUCAUUGGUGAAGCUGAACUUGCAGAGAUUCCUGAAGGUUAUGUUCCAGAGUACUGGGAAUACUACAAACACCCUAUAAGUCGCUGGAUAGCUCGUUACCUCCUUGACCCCCCUGAAAAGAACUAUGAAAAGGAGAUGGCUGUACUUCAUAUUGAAGCGAAGAAAACUCAAAUGAGGCUGAUGGAGUUGGAGGCACGCAGACUGAUGAGACAGAGGGGCGAUGGACCUUGGUAUCAUUACGAAACACCUGAUAAAAAUCUUGUUGACAAUUCUAUGAAAUCCACACCUGACAAUUAAACAGUUUUAAGACUGUAUGCAUGGUCUUAAAUGCAUACCAACAGAUUGUGGCUGAGCUAUGUAAUACACAUCCUGCUGUUAACUGAUGGAAAUCAAUAAACCGUGUUUUUGUUGAUUCCCAUAAUUUGAAAGAAACUGUGUGGUAGUUAAGCUCAUAUAGCUGUUAAAGCUGUUAAUCAGAGAAAAUGCCGUAUAUCAGUUGCCAACAAUUAUGCCUUUUCUCUAGAACACAGGUGUAGAGUGGGCUUUGUGACCUAAUAUAUAUGAAACAAGUUGAUGUUAUUAGCGUUCAUUGUGUGAAUUCUAGUCUUAAAAAUUUUCAAUGAAAGGUGCGGGAAACUGCAAGGCUUUCUUGUGCAGAGCGUUCCCAGGUAAUUUGUGGAAGAUUAAAUAAGUAAGAAAAAUAUCUUCAGAUCUUCAGAAUAUUGGGAUUAUAUCUACCCCUUUAGGCAAAUAGUUUCUUUCUCAUUACUUGUAGUUGAAUUCAUCUCUCACUAUUUUUUCCCAACUUGCAUAUUGUUCAACAAUAUGCUGUCAUUUUCUCUGCAUGAUUUCAUACAUUUCUCUCUUUAGAGAACUGUUAAUAGCCUUCAUCCCUGAUAGUGUCACCCAUGCUGUUCUUCCUUUAUUAUUGCCACCAGUUCUAAGCUUUUUUCUUCUUGUAUAUGUAUCAUUUAUGCUUCUCUACUCUUUCAUUUUCUCCAGUCUCACCUCCUAUAUAUAGUCUAUGUCUGUAAAAGACUUUGUAAACACUCUUAAAAAGGCAAACCAAAGUAUCUCCCCCCCCCCCCCCCAAAAAAAAAAAACAACAAACAAACAAAAAAAACAAGCUUUGAACUGGGCAAUUCUCUAUGUAGAUCAUCCAGAAAUUGUUGUCUGUUGAACAUAUUUCUCCAUGAUUCUGGGGGUUUUUGGUUGGUUGUUUUUUCAGUGGGCUGGUUUUAAAUAAGGCUUAAAAGUGUAACAGGUACUUUUGCUUCAUACUCUAAAUGGUAAUAUAUCUAAAACAGAGCUACAUACUCCCUUUGUGGCAGAAAAGAUUUUCAGUGAUGAAAACACAUUGCAAGGUAAUACAUUAAUAUUUCUCUUAGUGAGAGAUACAUACCAAUGUCACGUAACUUUCAUGUUAUUAAAUAUUUAUCUAGCGACAUGAAGAAUCACAUGUAGUUGUGGGGAGGAUAGUCUUUACUAGGUGUUUUUCUACACUUCUAACAAUUAUGUAGGGAAUAUAGAGGGUAUUCUUUACCUGGCCGACUUUUGCCACUAGAGGGGUGUGUUUCCUCGGAGGCUGUGGUACUCCUCCGCUUUAAAUGCCUCGAGAGAUUGAUGGAUUGAUGCCUCUGACACUUUGUGACAUUGAACUAUCUGUCCAAUUCAAAAUUUCUCCUUUUUAAGGAUAUAAGCCAAAAUAACCCCUGGCCAUGUUGUGGUUUGUAGCUGUUAAAACAUAAAUUUAUGUGAAGCAACAUUACACAGACCAUUUUCAGCAAAGACUGCCUUGUUUGCUGUUUCCCAGUACUGCCAAACAUUAGAAAGACUCAGACUGAUUUUUAUAUCAGUGCAAUGACUUUCCUUUUUGUUUGAGACAAUCUUUCAGGUUAGACAGCUUGUAUGUCUUACUGUGGCUCUCAUAAAUGCUGAGUUAAUAAUGAGGGAAGCCAUUGUAAAAGCACAAAGUUUUCUCAGGUAAAGUAAAUCUAUCUGGUGACUCUA